GCAGAUCCGUCAAACGUUGCUUCAGUUUUCAAUCUCCACCAGCUACUACGGAGCAGAAUCAGUUCCUCCACUUCACCGACCGGACCCUCGUCUUCAGCCCCACGACGCGCACUCUACCGCCGCAUUAACGCUGCCUGUCUCUCCCGGCAGAGCGGGGGCCAUGCUGCUGGGGGGCCGCGGGUGAGAAAGCAUGUCGUUGGACUACAGCCCAGAUGACCCGAUGGAGAGGGGGUCCAUCCCCCUGGACAUCGACAACGUGCACAUGCUGCUCCAGGUGGAACAAGAACAGAUUCAGAAGAAGACCUUCACCAACUGGGUCAACGCUCAGCUGACCAAGCGGAGGCCUCCCUGCAGGGUCCUGGAUCUGUUCAACGACUUCCGAGACGGAUCCAAACUGCUGGACCUGCUGGAGGUGAUGAGCGGCCAGCGUCUCAGUCGGGAGCGCGGCAGGGGAAUGUUUCAGCACCGGAGCAACAUCGAGAAGGCCCUCUCCUUUCUGAAGAGCAAAUCGAUCAAACUGGUCAACAUUAACAUUCCUGACAUUAUUGAUGGUAAACCGUCCAUCAUCCUAGGCCUCAUAUGGACCAUCAUUCUUCAGUAUCAUAUCGAGGAGCUGGCCAGCAGCCUCUCGUUCUCUUCCCGUCAGUCCUCCAUGGAGUCGCUGGCCAGUCUGGAUUCUCGCUCCACCCGGUCGAGAGGCUCGGCCUGCAGCAGUCCCGCCCCCCCCCGCGGCUCGCCGCUACACCACCGCUUCAGGGUCUCUGCCAAGAAGGCGCUGCUGCUCUGGGUGCGGGAGCAGUGCCACAGAGCCGGCUGCUCAAUAAACGUGAAAGACUUCAAGGCCAGCUGGAGGAGCGGGGUGGUCUUCCUGGCCAUCCUGUACGCGCUGCGGCCCGACCUGGUGGACCUGUCCAGCGCCAGGACCCGAAGCAACAGGCAGAACCUGGAGGAGGCCUUCCGCCUGGCCGAGAGAGAGCUGAGGAUCCCCAGACUGCUGGAUCCCGACGAUGUGGACGUCCGGGACCCCGAUGAGAAGUCCAUCAUGACCUACGUGGCUCAGUUCCUGCAGUACUCCAAGGACCAGCCGGUGGGCGAGGAAGAGACGCAGACACACCUGAGUCUUCCUAAAAGUCCGUCUCCCAUCAACCUGCCCGUCCACUACACUCCUGCCAUCUCUGCCUCCCCUCUGCGACAGGCCACGCCCACUCGAAAGGCACAGGAAGUGACCUGCUGGCUGGUUCAGGCCUACGACGAGCUGCUGGAGGGAUGGGACUCCACGGAGGGGGAGAGCUACUCCGAGAGAUACCACGUGUUUCAGACCUUUCUGGUGUCCUUCAAUGAGCAGCGGCGUCCCAUCAUGCCGCUGCUGACGGCGAUGAGGCGAACGCCGCAACUGAGCGAAGAGCAGCGAGCUCUGCGAGAGGCGUGGGACUCGCUCACCGAAAAGCUCCGUGAGUACAAGGUGGAGCUGGACUCCAGCCUGCCGGCCCCCCUGGACUCGGUGGCCGGCUGGCUGCUGAAGACGGAGAAGGCUCUGGCCGAGGAGGAGGGCGACCCGCAGGACCACGGCCGGGCCGCCGCCGACGCCAGGGAGCGGCAGGCGCUCCUCAAGGUCUGCCUGGAGGAGAUGCCGCAGCAUGUGAGGACCUUCCAGAACUUCCAGAACUUGGACGAGGAUGGAAACAUGAUGGUUCCUGCCGACAAGAUGGAAGAACUAAAGAGGAGGUUCACCGGCGUGAGAGUGACCGCUAAGUACCACGGGAUCAAGCUGGAGUACUGGGAGCAGCGCCACAGCGUUCUGGAUCUGCUGGGGCAGAUGAGGAGCAGGCUGCGGGUCUGGAAGAGGCCGGCCUUCUCCCCGGAGGGGGUGCGCGUGUUGCUGCAGGAGUGGCAUGAUGUGGUGAAAACACAGGAGCUUCCGUCUCUGCUGGAAGCGUCUCUCCACAAACUGAAGCAGGUCUCCGAGAAAUAUUCCAGCAAAUCUGCCCUCGCUGCAGACUACCAGCACGUCAGCCAGCAGGUGAAGCAGCUGGAGGAGGACACGGCCGGGGCUCUGGAGGACGUGACCACGGCCAAGAGCGCCAUGGGGCGCGUCCUGUUCGCCUGGGACUCGUACAGCGACUGCCUGAGCUCCCUGCAGGCCUGGAUGGAGCAGGGCUCCGCCACCCGCGGACCGGAGGUGACGCCUGAGUGCAUGGCGGAGUGGGGCUCCCGACAGGCCCACCUCAACGAGAUGGGGAACUUCCUGAUGGAGUCCACGGACCCUCAGACCAGCAGGAGCCUGGCAGAGGAGCUGCGCAGACUCAACCUGCUCUGGGCCGAGUUCGUCAAGACGAACGCACUCGACAGCGCGGCAGAGCCCAGUGCUGAUGUCCGGAGCAGAUCCCAGGACCUCCAAGCGCUGAUCCAAGAGGCCACCGUACUUCUUAAAGAGCCUCUGGAGGCCACGGCAGCCCCCUUACGCACCUACAGAAAGAGAGUACAGUUCAUAAUGAGUAGGAUAAAGGAAGUGGAUCCGGAGGCUGUGGCCCCCUCCCAAGAAUGCCCAGCUGAUCACUUAGUGAGGCUGAAGCUUGCUGUACCGGAGGUGAUGCACACCCUGUUUGAGGCAGAGCAGGUGUGUGCAGAGCUGCAGCACAGUGUGUCGGGGCUGGACAGUCGCCUGGCUGAACUCCUUUACUGGGAGACUGAGGCACGGGAGCUCUACCAGCUGCUGAGGGCCGCAGAGCGACAGCAGCAACAGCAGCAGCGGGGUCAGGACCCUCGAGCCAGGGUCCUGAUUUCGCGUGGGCUGCAGCUGGAGGGUCAGGUGGUCACAGAGGAGCAGGACCUGCAGGUGAUGGUAGUGACGAGUCAGAAGAACUCUCCCAUCCAGUACCUCCACGCCGCCGCCAUGCGGGACCGAGUUCGAGCCGCCGUCGCACAGUCGCAGGAAGCUGUAGGCAUGCUGAGCAGCCUGGGAGCUAGAAGAGACAGAAGCAGAAGCCCUCCACAAGGGUCCCCUCCAUCAAAGAUCGUUAAACAGACUAAAGAAAAGCCUCAACAUCUGAGGCAGGCGGACCCUCAGCAGCCCAGAAUGAACCCAGUUGAGUCUCGUGAAACCUUAAUGCCAAAAAUAGUGGUGCAGGAAUACAGAGACAGAACGGUGGCUUCUCCUCCAAUGCCAUAUUCCUACGCACAGGCUGUGAGCCAGACAAAAACCCCACCAGAGGGCCACAUUCAAGCCUGGAUAGAGACCACGGGACAACAACAGCAGCAGCAGAGCCGGGACCAGGGCGUGAAACAGAACCAAGAGCAGCGUAACAUCCAGAAGGAAAAACAGCUGCAACAGGAAGCUGAACCAGUGCAAGUGGUGGAAAUGAAUCAAUACCAAGUUCAACAGCAGGUGGUAACCGACAAACUGACCUCAGAGUGCCCGGAGCAGAAGUCGCUUCAACGACCACAUGUGAAGAAACAAGAUGUUAUCUCCCAGGGGCUUCAAAGCAGAAAGACUCAGGCGAUGAAGAACCGGCCCUGGCUGCAGAAGCCAGUAUCAGGAGAGCACCAAACUCCAGAACAGGUUUCUACUCCGGAGACAAUUACACAGACUCAGCCACAGUCAGACAGAGCAGUUCAGGUUGGUCCACAGCACACAGCAACUGCCAGGCCACCGCCUGAGGAACAUGCAAAGGUCUCUGAGCAGCCACAACAACAGCUGAGAGAAGAUCGGCAACAAAAAGAGAAUCCUCAGCAGCAAAAACAAGCUCUUCAGCAACUGGAAAAAAAGUCCCAAACCGUAGCGCGCCAGGGUCAGUCCCAGACACAAGUUCUUCCACAGCCCCACGGCCCCACGAAGACACAGUCAAUGUCCCAGCACCAGGUUCAGACUCAGUCCAACUCCCGUGCCACAGCCGGACCCCAGCCCUCUAUGCAGCCACAGGUUCAGGCCCACGGCCCCGCUGUUUCUGUGCAGACAUGGGCCCAGGUCGGACCUUCUGCCCCCGUGCAGGCUCCCCUGCAGGGCCAGGUCCAGCCUCCUGUGCCAUCCCACGUUCAGCUUCGUAGCCAUACAGAGUCAUGGGGCACUGUCAUACCCCCCUCCCAGAAUACACCAACACAUGGGCUUAUUCAAACCCAGUCCACGGUCCAGGCUCAAACUCAGGCCCAACUUGUAGUCCAGCAGCGGGGUUCUCAUCCUCAGCCAGAGGUGCAGCACCCAGGUCAUACUUCUCAGGGCCAAAUUCCUGCUUGGACUCAAGUUAGAGGCUCGUCACCAAUGUUUAUCCAGCAUCAGCAGGCUACAGCUCAAGCUCCACUUUACUCCCUAGGUCAGUCCCAAGGUCAGUCCCAAGGUCAGUCCCAAGGUCAGUCCCAAGGUCAGUCCCAAUCCCAGCAAUGGACGAACAGACCUGAGCCACAAAUCCAAGCCAUUGGCCAGCAGAGGCAUCCAAUUCCUCAUCUAUGCCCUCAGCAAAUAGGCCAAGCGCCCCAGUCUCAGGCUUAUCCAACAGUUCACACUCGGCAGCAGUGGCCCCAAUCCGGGCCCCAGCGAGGACCGCAGGUCGCCCCCCCCGUUUAUUCUCAAACCGGGCAAUUUUAUAGUCAGCCUCAAAUGCAAGCACAAAGCCAAUCCUGGGCUCAAACCGGGGCCCUGAGCAGCAUACAACAACAAUCUCAGAUGAGUGCUCACAAUGUGUUUCAUACCCAGACCCAGCAAGGCCACGCUCAGCAACAGACGUGGGUUCAGGCCUCGCCUCCACCUCAGCCUCAGAUUCAGCAUCAAACGCACCGUCAUCCUCAGAUGCAGCCUCAAAUACCUCCUCCAUCGCAACCACCUACUCAAGCCCAUCCUCUCCGUGCUCCUCAGCCUCAACUCCAACCGCAGGCCCAGGCAGACAUCCAGACGCAGUCAUCGGUUCAAGCAAAGGUCCACACUCAGCAUCCACUUCCACAACCCAGGAAUCCAGCCCAGUCAGCACCACAACCAGGAAUCCAGUCCCAAACUCUGGCUAAGGUCCAGUCAGCAACCCGCCCCAAGUCCCAAUCACUGCCGCAACCGUUACCUGGGCCACAGGUGCCAGUUCAACCACCCCUCCAACCUAAACCACCGGCCCAAACAGCACCGCUAGUGGAUCUUCAGUCCUCAACUCCACCCAAACCACCACCCUCCCAACCUCAGGCUCAACCCCCCCCACCACCCAAGGCCCAGACGGCCCCGCAGUCUAAGGCUCCCCAAACCAGUCCCCUCUCCCAGCUCACUGUGCUGCCUCUGGCUGAGACACCAGAGCUGUGCGUUAAACCGCCCCCCCUGGCCCAGGCGCCCCCCCGGGCCUACACAGAGGCUUACGCCAAGGCCCAGGCUUUGGCCAGAAAUGGCUUUGAGGAGGCCAAGCACUGUCUGCAGGAGCACAUCUUGGAAACCAUCAACGUUUUUAAAGACAAGUGUAUUUCAGCCGAGCAGGCGUCAGUGAAAGAGGAGACUCUGAAGACUCUGGACCCGGAGCUGCUGGAGGAGUUCUUGAGAGCAGCCGAGGGCAUGGAGGCCUUUUGUACCCCCCCACAGCUCAGAGACAUGGAGUUCUUCACCCAGGCUGUGAGGACUCAGUGGGAGGCUGUGAGAGCUGAGAUCUCAGGCUUUUUGCAACAAUUACGUUUUGAAGUAAUACGGAAAGACUUUAACAAAGCUGCCCUGCAGUGUGAGGCGCUCUUAAGCUCCCGCUUAGAAAACCCAGCGCAGGCCUGUUUCUCAGCCGAGGGGAGCUUUGCCCAGGCGGGGCAGCACCUCGAGGCCCUGGAGGAGCUGUGUGACACCCUGAGCCCCGAGGACGCUCACCGCCUGGCCCAGACGCAGCUCAGGGAGUGUGAGACCAGGCUGGCUGCCAUCCAGAGGCGCUUCAGUGGAGACCAAGACGCACCGCUCCCCGAUGCCAGGAGUGCUGUUGCCUUCACUGAGGAUGUGAGCACACAAAAGGCUACAAGACCAAGUGACAAACCUCAGGUCUCAGCUGAGGUGCUUCCAGUGACCACAAAGAGUGUUUCUGUGGAGGGGAGCGUUGAAAAGCAGGUGUCUACAGAGGAAGACGUCACCACAAAGGAGACUUUAGAAAGAUAUGAGAUGUGUAAGAGGUCUCUGCAAGCCCAACUGGCUAAAAACCAGCAGAGCAUCAAGGAUGUCCCCCAUGACUCCGUCUCUCUGAAAGGGCUGCAUACGCGCCUCCAGGAAAUACAGUUUUUGAGGCAGGAGACGGAGUCCUUGUGGUCUGAAUAUUCCAGCUCCCAGGUGAGCGUCCCCGGUCUGGAGCAGGAAAAGGCGGCGCUGCAGGAGCAGUGGCGCGGCCAACAGUCCUCGCUCCAGAGGAGGGGCAGCUCGCUGGGCGCCGCCCUCAGACAGAUCGACUCCACCGAGAACCACAUGGUGGACUUCACCGACCGCCUGGACCGCUACCUGAGGCAGCCCAAAGACAUCACCGCCUUCACCCUGGCCAACAGCAACAUCCUGAAAGACAUCAAGGAGCUGGAUGACAACAUCCAGAGCGAGCUGGACCAGCUGGCCCGCCUGGACCCUGAAUCCAGCGAUCUGGACCCCAGAGACUGCCGGCCUCUGUCCCGCGAGGUGGAGACUCACAGGGCCAGCCUGGAUCACCUCCGACAGCAGGUCCGGAAGAGCGAGGCGGCCGGCCGCGCCCUGGACCGCUUCCUCAUGUCCCUGCGCACUGUGGACGAGGACAUCUCCGGGGUCCAGGGCGCCCCCUGCAGCAACGCCGCCGUGCUGCAGGACUGCCGCUCCAAGCUGGCCCUGAUCAGGCAGAGCGUCGGCAGUCUGAAGGAAAAGGCGCCUCAGCUGGACGUGCUCCUGCAGGGCGCCCGGCUGACGGUCACCAGGGACGGCGUGCCGGCCUCCUGCCUGGACAUGGUGACGGCGCUGCUGGCGAGGCUGCAGGAGGCGGACGGCGGGCUGGCCGGCCAGCAGAGGGGCCUCCAGAAGGAGACGCAGGGCCAAUCGCUGGGCCUGAGGAAGAGGGCGCUGCUGGGGGAGCUGAGGAAGCUGCAGGACGCCAUCGAGAAACGAGGCCUGAAGGAGCCCACCGCACCUGCUGUGCAGCACAGGCUUCGGGCCCUGUCGGAUUUGGAGAGUCAGCUGCAGGCUCAGCGUGCAGAGCUCCAGAACCUCCGGGAACUUCAGGAGGAACAGGGGGGAGGAGAGCACCUCCUCCAGGAGCUGGAGGCUCAGUGGAAGGAGACCCAGAGAGCUUAUUCUGACAGUAAGAAGCAGUGCAGCAUCCUGCUGGAGCUUCUGAAGACGUUCCACAGCUGCCGCAGUCAGAUGAGCAGCACGGUGCAGAAAGCGGAACAGACCAUCGGCGACCAGGCUUCCUACCUGAGCAAGGACAACCUGCAGAGAAGAAUCGCCAGGGUCCGUGACUCCAAGGAGGAGCUCGGAGUUGUUGGGGAGCACAUGGAGGAGAUGAGGGAAGUGUGCAGGCAGCUGCAGUCCCACCUGAAGACGUUCCCAGACUGCAGCGAGACGCCCUUUGAGGCCGAGGCCGACACACUGGUGGACAUUUGGCUGGACGUGACAGAGAAGACAGAUGCCUGCAUGGACAACCUGCAGGUGGGGCUGGAGCUGUGGGAGAAGCAGCUGGUGCUGGGGGGGGAGGUGGACGACUGGGCGGGGGCUAAACUUACCCUGUUCGCAGAGAGCCAUCCCUUCCACAACGAACAACAGGUUCUGGCCAUGAGGGACGAGAUCCAGGUCAACGAGGAGAACAUCGACCACUUCCACAGGAAGUCUGUAGAGAUCCAGGAGAUGCUGCAGAGCCCCGAGUCCCCACUGGAGCUGCAGGUGACGGAAACCCAGCUGAGGAAGAGGAUGGAGCAGGUGAAGGAGCUGUUCGCCGACUGCGCCGACGUCUUCGAGGAGCUGGUGGCCGUGAAGAAACACCUGGCGCAGAAGAUCGAGGAGUGCCAGUCGGCUGUGGAGACCAUCCAGGGCUCCGUCAGCAGAGUCGAUGCCUCACACGCGACCUUCCAGGACCAGCUACAGCGGCAGUGUGGCGCCCUGGAGGCGCAGGAGGAGCAGGCGCAGGCCGUGCUGAAGGAGGUGGCUCUGGUUUCCAGCGUGGCCAGUCCUGACAUGCUGGAGGCGCUGAUCGAGGACGGCAGCAGGCUGAAGGAGGCCUUGUCCCGCACCGGGGACAUGAUCCAGCUGAAGAGGGAGGAGAGGGACAAAGGCCUGCUCAAGGUCGUCCAAGCUGAGAGGCAGUCGUUUGAGGAAUGGUUCCAGGACUCCCAGCUGUCCGUCAACGAGUGCUUUGAGUCUCCCGAGAGCCGAGCGGACGUGGACACGUCCCUGCAGAGGCUCGCUGGUUUCUUGAAGUCCAGGGAUGCAGAGAGGCGUCUGGACCAGCUGAAGCAGCAGAUGGAGAGAGGCGGCCGGCAGGUUCCUCCACAGCAGCUCCACGAGUUCACCGACUGGCUGAAGGAGCAGCAGAAGGAGGUGGCCACCUUCAGGACGCACUGCCACGACAGGCAGAAGCAACUGGAGCCGCUCCUCAGUGACCUGAACAGUCUCCAGAAGCAACACGAUAGCUUCCGUGAGUGGCUGCAGAACAAAGAGAAGCAGUCGGUGGAGUCACACGAGGUCGAACCUCUUCUCAAAGGCCUCCAGGAUGAGAGCGCCCGAGCGGAGAGACUCGCCGACCUCUUGGCGUCGGUGCGCAGACGAGGCGUCCGAGCAGACGGCGUCCUGAAGGACGGCGAUAACCUGAUACAGCGCUACAGGAAGCUGCAGGGACGGGCGGACGCCCUGCGCGCGCUGAAGGGGGAGGUGGACCGGUUCAUGGGCCAGGCUGACAGGACCAGGACCUGGAUAGCGGACCUGGUUGGACCCCUCGCCUCCCCUGGCGCAGAGGAGAGGAAACGCAAGGCGAGGGCCAUCCUGAGCUCCAAAGCCGAGGGAGACUCUAAAGUGGACGACCUGAGGAGACAAAGUGAAAGUCUGUGUGAGCAGGAGGACCUGGAGAAGAGCAGGAAACAGGAAGUGCAGCAGUCGCUCCGACAGACGGAGGAGCAGUGGAGGACGUCUCUGCAGACGGCGGAGGAGUGUCUCAGGGACACACAGGUUCUCUCCUCCGACCAAGACGUCCCGACACAGGCCGCUCCGAGCUCCAAACCUGACGGAGACACAAAGCUCCAGGAUCUGAGGCGACGAUCCCCGAGUCUGCGUGACGACAGCGAGACCCCAGAUGUCCAGGACGCGGUAGGAGAGGCGGGGCAGCAGAGCGGGGGGGCGCCGCAGCGCGCCGAGGGCAGCUUCGACGCGACGGAGAGCCGCGCCGCCGCCGCCGCCGCCGCCGCCGAAAAGGACUUUGACGCUUUCAAAAGCCAAAGUGAAAGCAUCUGCUCCUGGAUCGGAGAGCGGAGGCGGCAGCUGGCGUCCCUCGGUGGUCACAUGCAGUUGGAGGAAAGGUUAAAGGUCACACAGGCCGUCAUCACCUCCAAACCCGAGGGGGACGCCCAGCUGCUCCGCCUGAGGACGCGGGGGGAAGGCCUGCCGGAGGGCCGGGAGCCGGAGCUCCAGCGGCUGGUCGGGGAGGCGGAGCAGCAGUGGAGGAGCGUCCUGCAGGCCGCCGGGCGGGCGGAGCUGCGGGCGCUGUCGGACGACUUCGACAAGCAGAGCGAAAACGCUCAGGCGUGGGUCAGAGCGCGACAGCAGCAGCUGCAGGCCGUGGGGGGCCACACUCCCCCCGAGGGGAGACGCCUCUCCGCCCAGACCAUCUUGAGCUGCAAACCCGAGGGCGACUGCGCGGUGAACAACCUGAGGAGGCGGGGCCAGAGUCUCUGUGACCACCAGGACGUCGACCAGGGCCGGAAGGUCCACGUUCAGAAGACCAUCCGGGACUCGGAGGAGCAGUGGAGGACGGUCCUGCUGGCCGCUAAGCAGGUGGAGGCCGCCGCAGCAGCUGAGCUCAGCCAGAAGGUCCAGAGGAGGACGUCGGAUCUGAGUGCAUUUGAGACGCAGCAGCGGGAAGCCAGCAGCUGGCUGACAGACCUACAAAAACAGCUGGACUCCCUGGAGAACCGAACCAAAGCUGAGGAGCGACUGCAAACUGCUCAGACCGUCCUGAGCUCCAGAAGUGAAGGAGACUCCAAGCUCCAGCAGCUCAGGACGCGAGUCCAGAGUUUGAGCGGUCACGACCUCGAGGAAUCCGUGAACCAGGAGGUCCGGCAAAAAGUAAAAGGCAUCGAGGAGCAGUGGACGAGAGUCCUGCACGACGCCAAACAGGUCCUGGAUCAGGCCGAGAAGCAGCGGGCUCGGGAGGACCAACUGAAGGACUACGAGGCGGCGAGGGACGACACCAGCGCCUGGCUGCAGGACAAAGAGCAGAGGCUCGUCUCUGUGGACAGUCAGAGUGAUCCGGAGGAGACAAUCAGCACAGCACAGACUAUCCUGAGCCAAAAGGCCGAGGGAGACUCCAAGCUGAGCGAGCUGAGGCGACAGAGCCAGAGUCUGUCGGACCAGGAGGAGGCCCAGCAGGCACUGAGGGACACGGAGGAGCAGUGGAGGACGGUCCUGCAGACCGCCGAGAGGACCCUGAAGAAGGCCGAGGUCCACUACUCGCUGUCCAGGGAGCUGGAGGCGUUCCGCGCCAAAGCGGGGUGCACCAGGACCUGGGUCACCAAGCUGCAGCAGCAGGCCCAGUCCAAGGGGAGCGGCUCCCGGGGCAGCCGGGCUCAGAUAGAGGAGCGGCUGACCGCGGCGCAAGCCAUCCUGAGCUCCAAGUCCAAGGGCGAGGCCCAGGUGAUGGAGCUGAGCCGGCGGGCUGGGGGCCUGCGCGAGCAGAGCGACCUGCAGGCCGACAGGAAGCAGGAGGUGGAGCGCACGCUGGCGGACGCCGAGCAGCAGUGGAGGACGCUGCUGCAGGCCGCCGAGGAGACGCAGAGGGAGCUGAAGGGCGUGGUGGAGCGCAUGGUGUCCUGUGAGUACCAGCGAGGCCAGAUCCAGACCCGUCUGGCCGACAUCCGGAAGCAGACCUCCGCUCUGCCGCGGGUCUUCCCCUGGCCGGGCCUGGGGGAGCGCAGGCAGGCGGUGGAGCAGGCCCGGGCGCUGCUGGACCGGAGCGCGGCCACGGCCCCCGUCCUCUCGGCCCUCCGCACUGAGGCUGCCGAGCUGUCUGAGACCACACAGGAACCCUACUGGUCGGAUCCGUCCUGGGCCUCCGAGGAGGAGUCCAUCCCCCCUCUGCUCAAAGAGCUCACCGAGGCGGUAGCGGCCCUCGAGCAAGGCAUCCACACAGAGAGGCGGUGCACCCAGCUGGUGGAGCAGCACCAGGCGGCCCAGGACUGGCUGAGGGAGCACGUCAAAGGAGAGGGAGGUCCUCCCCCCCAGGACCGACAGGGUCUGCACAACGCUGUCAACACCCUGAAGGCCUUGCUCCAGACGGCGGACCGGGAGCAGCGAGAGAUGGAGGAGCUGGACUCCAGCAGAGACCGUCUGCUGAGCCUCUGCACCCCCGGGGGUCGGGACGCCCUCACCCUGGAGGUCGGCCAUCUCCACGACCUGUGUGCCACCUCGGAGCAGCAGGUGAGGGAGCGGCUGAAGGCCUGCGAGGCGCGGAUGGAGGAGCUGGACGAUCAGCUGGCGCGGCGGUCCGGGGGGCUGAAGGAGCGAGGCGGCGCCCUGCAGUGGGAGUUGCGUUCUCUGGAUCAGGCGCUGGGCUACAGCGAGCAUCAGAACAACAUCGCUCAGCUGCAGCAGCACUGGCACAGCCUGCAGAACUGUGAGAAGUCACUGAAGGAUCUGGGCGUGAGGGUUCAGGACCUUCACCAGGAAGUAGAGGCCACACCUGCUGCUGACGAGCUGCCAACAGAGAUUCUGACUUUGGUGAAGUCCCUGUGCCAGCAACACGACAGUCUAAAGUGCAGGCUGAGUGAGCAUAAGGACACCUGCUCUACAAACGCAGCUCGCUGUCUGAUGGACGGCCUUCACGCCCUGCAGGAAUGGACCUCCAUCACACCGUCGCAGUCCGUUUCCUCUCUGCAGGCGACGUUAGAGGAAGGGGAGAAGCUGCGGACCAGCCUGAGGGAGGCGCUUUCCCAUCAGCCGUUUCUAACAGAAUGUUUGAUGAGCGUCUUGUCUGAGAAGCUGCUGAGCGAAGGUUCAGAGACACUCAGAGAAGCAGACAAGCACGCGGCUUCUCUCAACCAGAGCUUAAAGGAACUUGAUGUCAGGACUAAACAGCCGACUCCUGGGAAUCCAAAGGAAACAAAGACAUCUGUGGUGGCACCGCCACGCAAAAGCAAGCACUCACCUGAGAAAAAGCAUCAGGUCAAGCUACAAAAAAACACUCCCUCAACAGAAAACACUAUUGAGGAUCGAUUGUCGGUUUUGUCUGAGCUGCAAAUUGAGGCUAAAACAUCAAAGACAGUGGAAGCAGUCGCUGGAGACUCGGUUGGUGCCAUUGAGCAGUCGGUCCUGAUCAAAAAGGUUUUUGAGCAGUCUGCUCCUGCUGUUGGUGACAAAACUACGCCCGUACCUUCCAGGAGAAAGUCCAAGACAAACAAAGAGCCCUCCAAGGCUUCGGUGGAGCCCCAAAUGGUGAACCCCCCUGUUACUGUUACCCCCGAAGGGUCACCCGGUCCCCGGGGAAUUACUCUCGAUGAAUCUGAACCAUUUGAGACUGUGACAAACGACCCGAAGUCGCUCACGCAGCAAGUUGAGACUGUAGGAAAAGCUGUCAAGGCAGAAGGUAAACUCUCACCAACCAAAAGCAAGUCAAAGACUAAAAACCUCCCCGAAGAACUUGCUUCCACUGAGCUGACAAAGACCAAGAGAUCUUCAACUCACGAGGUGGUCACAGCAACAACUAAAGAAACUGUCAUGGAAAAAGAAGAGCCUUCCCCCCCCAAAAGGAGACCAAAGGCACAAAAACUCUGCGGAGUACAAGCUUCCACAGGGCUGCCAAAGACAAAGGAAGAAGCUGAGAGCCAGACUCCAUCUUCAACUCCAGAGGUGGGCGAAGCAACAAGUAAAGAAACUGUCAUGGAAAAAGAAGAGCCCCCCUCCCCCCAAAGGAGACCAAAGGCUCAAAAACUCUCCACAGAAAAAUCUGCCGAUGAGGUGGCAGCAACUGUACAAGAGCCUGGACAUCAGAAGCCUACAUCGAGCUCCGGAGAGCCGAAUGAAACUCUAACAGCCCCCACAAGGAAAUCAAAGGGCCUCGAGGUUCCCACAGCCUCAGAGCCAACGUCUCCCCUCGGUGCAAUUACUGGUGUGGAGCCAAAGGAAGCAGAAGCAGAACCCGACAAUGAGCCCGCAAGCCCAGAAUUUGCUCAAGGGCACGCCCAAACUGCUGUAGUUGAACAAGGUAAGCUUCUACCACCCAAGAGAAAGUCGAAGAUUACAGAACCCCCCCAUACACUAGCUGACCCCCCCGAGGCACCUCAGAAAAAGCAACCUGAAGGUCAAAACUCUUCCUUGAGUUCCAGUGAACGAAAUAAUAGUGUUGUUAAGGCAGAAGCAAAACUUGUGCCAACCAGAAGAAAGUCAACGAAUGGGAACCUUUCCACAACUUCCGAGACAGUUACCCAAAGAUCCCCAGAUGUGGGGCCCGAAAAAAUGUCUUCAACUCCAGAUGUGGUCCAGGAGCCAACUGAUAAAACUGCUGUGGGAAAAGGAGAGCCUUCACCAACCAAAAGAAAGUCAAAGGGAGUAAACCGUUCUCCCAAAGCGGCUACCAAAGACCUCACAAAGACCAAGGAACAGCAACCUUCAACUCAAGAGUUAAUCAAAGGAACAACUGGAGCUGCUCUUGAGUCAAAAGGAAAACUUUCACCAACUAAAUUGAAGGGAUUGAAAGUCUCCCCAGAAGAGAAGGCAAAGGCAAAACCUCACCUUCAAAAGCCAUUUUCAACUCCAGAAGUGGGCAAAGCAACAACUAAAGAAACUGUUGUGGAAAAGGGAGAGCUUUCACCAACCAAAAGGAGACCAAAUGAUCAAAAACUCUCCACAGUACAAGCUUCCACAGAGCUGCCAAAGACAAAGGAAGAAGCUGAGAGCCAGACCCCAUCUUCAACUCCAGAGGUGGGCGAAGCAACCACUAAAGAAACUGCUGUGGAAAAGGGAGAGCUUUCACCAACCAAAGGGACGUCAAAGGCUCUUGAAACUUUCACAGAACCUGCUAGCACAUCGUCCCAAACCAAAGGUGAGCCUGAUCGUCAAACCAUGGCUGAACAUCCAGGUUCUGAAUCCAAGGAGCCUGAAAAGCUCUCCCAGCCCAAAGGGAAGCCAAAGGGUCUUAAACUCUCCCCAGAACCUGCUUCUACAGAUCUGCCAAAGAGAAAGGAAGAAGCUGAGAGUCAGCUUCCAUCUUUAACUCCAGAGGUGUUCACAGCAAGAACUGAAGUUCCUGCAGUGGAAAAGGGAGAGCUUUCACCAACCAAAAGGAGACUAAAUGAUCAAAAACUCUCCACAGUACAAGCUUCCACAGAGCUGCCAAAGACAAAGGAAGAAGCUGAGAGCCAGACUCCAUCUUCAACUCCAGAGGUGGGUGAAGCAACAACUAAAGAAACUGCUGUGGAAAAGGGAGAGCUUUCACCAACCAAAGGAAAGUCAAAGGCUCUUGAAACUUUCACAGAACCUGCUAGCACAUCGUCCCAAACCAAAGGUGAGCCUGAUCAUCAAACCAUGGCUGAACAUCCAGGUUCUGAGUCCGAGGAGCCGGAAGUUUUACAUGAAGAGGCCCCAGGAGAAGCCAAUUCCCCGACUACAAGUACAGCGCCUACAACUUCCGAGACAGUUACCCAAAGAUCCCCAGAUGUGGAGCCCGAAAAAAAUUCUUCACCUCCAGAUGUGGUCCAGGAGCCAACUGAUAAAACUGCUGUGGGAAAAGGAGAGCCUUCACCAACCAAAAGAAAGUCAAAGGGAGUAAACCGUUCUCCCAAAGCGGCUCCCAAAGACCUCACAAAGACCAGGGAACAGCAAACUUCAACUCAAGAGUUAAUCAUAGGAACAACUGGAGCUGCUCCCGAGUCAAAAGGAAAACUGAAGGGAUUGAAAGUCUCCCCAGAAGAGAAGGCAAAGGCAGAACCUCACCUUCAAAAGCCAUUUCCAACUCCAGAAGUGGGGAAAGCAACAACUAAAGAAACUGUUGUUGAAAAGGAAGAGCUUUCACCAACCACAGUAAAGUCAAAGGCUCUUGAACCUUUCACAGAACCUGCUAGCACAUCGUCCCAAACCAAAGGUGAGCCUGGUCGUCAAACCAUGGCUGAACAUCCAGGUUCUGAGUUGAAGGAGCCUGAACAGCUCUCCCCGCCUAAAGAGAAGCCAAAGGGUCUUAAACUCUCCCCAGAACAUGCUUCUACAGAGCUUCCACAGACAAAGGAAGAAGCUGAGAGCCAGCUUCCAUCUUCAACUCCAGAGGUGUUCCCAGCAAGAACUGAAGUUCCUGCAGUGGAAAGGGGAGAGCUUUCACCAACCAAAAGGAGACCAAAUGAUCAAAAACUCUCCGCAGUACAAGCUUCCACAGAGCUGCCAAAGACAAAGGAAGAAGCUGAGAGCCAGACCCCAUCUUCAACUCCAGAGGUGUUCACAGCAACAACUAAAGUUCCUGCAACUGAAAGGGGAGAGCUUUCACCAACCAAAGGAAAGUCAAAGGCUCUUGAAACUUUCACAGAACCUGCCAGCACAUCGUCCCUAACCAAAGGUGAGCCUGAUCGUCAAACCAUGGCUGAACAUCCAGGUUCUGAGUCCGAGCCUGAAGUUUUACAUGAAGAGGCCACAGGAGAAGCUAAUUCCCCGACUACAAGUACAGCGCCUAAAAUGCAACGUCCUCUCUCCCCCGAGCCUAGUGAGCUGUCGGACUACAUAGCAAUGGUAUCAGAAAACACAGUCCAGAGGAGAUAUCUUGUCCUUGAUUUGCCUGAGAUUAGUGCAACGGAGACAUGUGAGAUACAGCAAGAUCAGCAAAAAGAACAAAGUGUGCCUAGAAGUGAGAAGGAAAUAAGCUCAUCCAAGCCAAGUCCAGACCAGGGUGAAAACGCAUCCUUCAACGGAGAAAAAGCAAUUAGACCACUUGGAACAAGUAUGCAGAGUGAAGGUGUUCAAAGAGGAAACAAAGAUAUGACCUCUGCUGAUGUCCAGCCAGAGAAGGCUGCAGAACACAAGGGCUUUCAUGAAGAAUCUGUGACGACUGAGAAGCUCCACGUAGAUACGGAAGUGUGCAUCCUACAAUUAGAUAUCCAGACUCCGGGGAAGGAGGAAAAAGGAUGCGUCACCACAGCAAAAGAGCUAAGAAUAGAUGUUGUUCAAAGAACUAUCCAAAGCAAAAGAGAAGACAAAGAUGCCACAACAACUGAUGAUAUAACACAGAAAGCUGCAGUGGAAGUGACCACGGUGAAGGUGCAGCCCGUUAGUGGCGGACUUCAAGACAACGUGACUCAAAGUGACUCUGCUCAACUCAAACCAGCUGCUUCUGAACCGUUGCAACCACACGAGACGGAAGUGAUAGAGAUAAGCUUGUAUGAGACAGAAACGGGUAAACCAAGCCAGACUGAAACGCUGAGCGCUACGCAGGAUGGAGCAGAGUUCAAGGGACGGGGGGUCCAAGAUGUACCCCAAAGUCUACACGAAAGCUUUCUGAGGAUGGAGAAAAUCCCCAUGGGCCCUGAAGUGCGCGUACUGCAACUCGGUUUACCGAUCAACCAGGAGAAGGAAGCCAGCACAUCAGUCUCAAGAGGAAAGGAGGCGAGCAUGGAAAGUGUUCAAACAGGUAUCCAAAGAGCCCAAGAAGACAAAUACAAGUCCACCUGUAAAACACAAGUAGAUCUAGUGGAAAAGGGAGAGCACUCACCAACCAGGGAGCAGACGAAGACCAAGGAAGAGCCUGGUAGUCCGAAGACUUCUUCAACCUCAGAGAUGGUUCUAUCACCAUCUGAAACCACUGCUGUGAAAGAAGAUACACUUACACCAACCAAAAGAAAGUCCAAGGAUCUGAAACUUUCUGCUGAUCCUCCUACCACAGAGGUGACGAAGACCAGAGAAGAGCCUGAUAGUCAGAGGUCAGAGGGUGUAGACGUUUACUCAGAACAAAGCACCACAGAGCUUGAAACAAACAAGGAGCAACCUCAGAUUCAGAAGCCAUUUUCAACUCCAGAUGUUCUCACUGCAUCAACCCAAAUUACUGUUGUGGAAAAAGUUGAACCUUCACAAACCAAAAGAACGUCAAAGGAUCUGCAACGUCCCCCUGAUCUUCCUUUCACGGAGCUGACGAAGACGAAGGAAGAGCCCAACAGUCAGAAGCCAUCUUCAACUCCAGAGAUGGUCCCAGCAACAACUGAGCCCACUGUUGUGGAAGAAGAUAAACUUGCACCAACCAGAAGAAAGGAUCCGCAACGUUCCCCAGAACCUCCUACCCAGAAAGAACCUGGCGGUCACAAGUCUUCACUGGACUCUAGGAGUCCACAGGUUGCUGUGGCUCAAAGGACCACGCCCAUAGUGGAAACCUUCUCACAACAGGUGCAAGUAAGAACCCCAAAUCCCGAAAUUGAGACUGUAAGUGAAGUACAAACUCCAAUUCAGGAUGCUGUUAAUUCAAGUAUCCCUCAUUAUUUGAGUUCUGUUAAGGAGAGUCAAACUUCUGUUAAAGAGAUCCCUCCAGUAUUUGAGAAGCCUUCUGCUCCGGUUCCCAUGAGCUCAGCUGAAGAGUCUACAGAAUGUUCCACAGCAGAUGUUAAGCCAGAGAAGGAUGCGGCUAACACAAGAGCAGAAGGGCAGCUCACCGCCACCAUGGUCCGCCCACCCGAUCGAGACGCCGUCCGACCCGGAGCAACGGUGGUUACAACCAGACAAGAAACACUGGUAACUGUCAAGGACAGCAAACAAGUGCCAGCUGGCGUGUCCUCACAAGACGUGCGUGAUUCACCCCCGAGGCUGCAGGAAGAGCCCCAGUGUGAGGCUGGCACGGCAGGCGAGAAGCUUCCCACCACUGACUUGCUGCCUGGCGGGUCUCCAGGGAGGAGCACGUCGGCAGAGCAAGUGCAAGAAGGCUCCAGCGGACCCUGGGGAGCUUCGGGGAAAAUGACUUCCCGUCAGUUGGAGGAGGUGUGCAAACUGGAUGAGUGCCCCGCUUCCCUGCAGAUUAAGAAAUCGUCAGCUGACACUAUCUGUGGCGAGGUGACUCCCUCUCGGGAAAACAAUGCUGAAGCAGAGGCGAUCGUUGUGAAGACUGAGGGAGUCGUGGAGGAGUCAGAGGGAGCCUUCAUGAAGAACAUCUGCACAGAGAUGCAGCGUCUCUCUGCCAGCAGUCAACUCAUUGAGGGUAAACCAUCGGAGGACGCCCCAGAGGCUCUGAUCACAUCCACCACUGAUCUGGACCACCGCCUAAAAAGGCUGGUGUCUAAAGUCCUGAGCUGCAAAAACCACCCCGCCGAGCUCAAGCCGGCCGCGAUGGCCCGGCAGCUGGAGGAGGCGCAGGAGUGCCGAGAGGCGGCCCGAGCCCAGGCGGCGUGGUUCUCUCAGCUGAGGGGAGCUGAUGCAGAGAACCAGGAGGCCUUGGAGCAGGUGGAGGACCAGUGGAGAACCGCUGCUCAGGAUGCAGCUGCUGCGUGCCAGAAUAAAGAGGCUCAGCUGCAGCUGGUGAGCGAUUACCACAGACAGACCCAAGCUGCCGGCACCACGCUGCUCAGACUCACAGCAGAACUGGAGGACAUCACGACGUCCCCAGAGGAGAGCAGCGCAAAGGACGCAGAGCGACUUCGCUCCCUGCAGAGAAGUAUGGAGGAACACAGAGCGGUGCUCGGGGAGCUGCUCAUGACCCAUGCCAGGUUAGGCCCAAACCUCAGCUGGUCUGAUCGAGCAGCUGCACGGAGCGAGCAGAACAACCUGCAAGACGGGUGGAGAGGCCUGGAGAGAGCCGUGGAGAGGACGCUGCAUCACACCAACGUCCAUUCUCACAGCGCAAGCGACCUUCUGUUGACGAUAUCAGGCCUUCAGGAACAUUUGGAGACAAUUGCCAAAGACCUGGAGUCUGCCUCGGUUCCUCAGUGGACCUGCGAGAGCGCUCAGCGGCUGAUGGUUGCCAACGCAGAGGUUAAAGCUGCCCAGCUGAAGCACCUCCAUCUGCAGCAGCUGUCUGGGGCGUUCCUUCUCAGCUCCCAGAGAGAGGAGGAGACAGCGGAGAUACAGCAGGGCCUCCAGAGGGUCAAAGACCAGCUUUGCUCCACAGAGGAACUGGUGUCCUCUCAAAGUCGGAGCAGCAGCAGCCCCGUCAUGGAGAAAGUGAUCCAGGUGAUGAGGGACGGUCUCGCUUGGGCGAAGCAGACGGAGAGUGACAUUGAAGGCAGGAGGAAGAGGAUUGCUCUCCUGCCUGAAGAGGUGCACCGGCAGCUCCGGGAUCUGAAGAAGCUGCAGUCCGAGGUCAUGGCCAAACAGGGCCAACUGGGGUCGCUGGCGGAGGAGGUGGAGGAGCUCCUUCCACAGCUGGACCCGGCCGAGGAGGUGCCCAUGGUGCGCUCCUCUCUGAAGUCCCUCGAAGAAGUGUCCAAGUCGACUACAGAGACGCUAGCCAAGGCCGUGAGAGAGCUGGAGUCAGGUCUGCAGACUCGAGAGAAGCUGUCGGAGCAGAUUGUGGAGCUGGACUCCUGGGUUCUGGCUCAUCUGCAUAGAGAAGCCUCCAGGAGUCCAGACAGCGAGCUCAGCAACCCCACCGAGCUCGAUCGCAGAAUUCGUCAGAUGCUGGAGACCCAGGUGGAGGCCGAGAAGCAGGCCGCAGUCUGUGAGGCUCUCCUGAUGAAGAGCAAAGACAUCGCCUCUGAACUCAGCAUCCCAGAGACCUGCCAGCUGUUUGACAAGCUGACCGACCUCCAGGAGGACAUCAGAGCCAUCGGCUGCUACGAGAAGGCCAACAAACAGGAGCAGGACGACCUCAGCCUGGCUGUGGAUUCCAGCAAGAAAAACCUGGUCAGCCUGGAAACGAGCCUCAGGCAGAUGUCCGGAGAUCUGAGUCGACACCGGUUCCCCAUCACAAGCGAGUCCCUGCAAGCCUUGGAGCCUUUCAAAGAUGUGAUUUUGGAGCACAAAGCCCAGGUUGACCUUCUGCAACCGUGGAUUCCCCGGGAAAAGACGGGGGAACUGCACUCAGUCGUUUCACAGCUUCUCAGCAAGAUUUACAGCCUGGAGAUGAAAGCUAGAGGUCAUGAGAGGUACCUGAACAAGAGGCAGUGUGUGGAGGACCUCAGGGAGAACGUGAAGGAGCAGGUCUGUCAGACCAAAGACAAAAGCAAGCCGCUUGAGGAGAAGUACAAAGUCUGUCAGACCCUCCUCGUUCAGCUCCCGCUCAUAAAGUACUUGUCCAUCGAGGCCGGGACCCAACUCCAGGGGAUCUCCGCCGACCUGUACCCCUCACAGCAGAGCGCGGAGCGACAGAGACUGAGGAACAACGAGGAGAGCCUGGACGCGCUGGAGAUGACGCUCUACAACAACCUCAGCAUCAUCGAGUGGAACCUUCUGAAGGAACUGGACCUCGACUCUGAGAGGGCGAGCGCCCGGACCUUCCUCCACCAGACCCAGCAGGAGCUCCAGAAAACCCCCACGCUGGAGCCCAAGGAAACCGCAAUCAACGAGCAGUACCAGAGGACCAUGUCUCUGAAGAAGACCGUGGAGUCCCGAAUGAGGGCACUGGGGGUUCUCGAGCAGAAGAAGGGUGGCAGACCAGGAAGUGUGUCCCAAGAUCUGGUGGACUUGCAGGUGGCAGUGCUCAGUGAAUGCGACUCACAGAUGGAGGAGAUCUCUCAGGCCAAGGAGUCUCUGAGGAGCUACACGAAUGCCGUUAAACAAGCGGCAGAAUUCCUGAGGAACAUCGAGGUCUCUCUGCUGCCGCCGCAGGGCACCGCUGGGCUCUGCUCCGAGAGCCUGGAGGAGACCCAGCGGGCUUUGGCCUCGCUGCAGCAGCAGUUCCAGACCCACGUGGAGGAGCUCCAGCGACAGGACACCCUGCACCCUUACCUGUCCGCCCAGAGGGUGGAGCAGCUCCAGGAGGACAUCCUGAGCCGGCUCCUGGUGAGGAUGUCCACCCUGCAGGCCAAGGGACACAUGCGAGUGGAGUGUCUCAGCAGCUGUGCAGAACAACACAGAAAAUACGCCGCGAGGCGAGAAGAAAUCCUCCAGAGUGUGCAGAGCGCAGCGAGCAGCCUCUCCCAGCUCGUCCGGGAAAAGGUCUCCUCCCUCACCGACUGCACCGACCAGCACACCCAGCUCACUGUCCUGUCCGAGGAGGUGGAGACCUUGCAGAGGCGUCUGGAGGAGCUGGAGGAGUGGUGCCCCGAGCAGAGCUGUCGCGGAGGCCGGGAGGCCGCCGUGGCCGCCGUGUGGAGACGCGUGUCCAGGCUGCGCCGCUGCACGAGAGAGCUGGCGACUCGCAGCAGGCGGAGGGUCGCAGAGUGGAUCCAAAUCACCGACGGCGUGGAGAAGGCCUCCACCCUCUUGGAGCAGGUGGAGGCGGAGCAUCCCGACGGAUCCCCCGUGAAGGCCUCCUCCGAGGACCUCCAGGCUCUGCUGCAGCGCUGGGAGCAGCACCAGGACCGGCUGGACUGCGAGCACCGGGCCCUGUCCGCGCUGGAGCUGCGCACCGCCCGGCUGCUGGGCGUCCCCGCCCACCUGGAGAAGGCGCCGCCCGCCGCGCUCUGUCAGCAGCUGCAGGCCAUGCAGGACCGCUACGGCAGUGUGAAGCAGAGGAGCAGGGAGGGCUUGAAGGCGGCGCGGGCCGAGCUGGAGGAGAGGGAGCGGCUCGGCGGAGAGCUGCAGGCCGUCGGCGUCUGGCUGCAGGCUGCAGACGGUCUUCUGUCAAAGAUGGAGAAGAGCCGCAGCACGCAGGAGCUUCAGGAGGUCCACAGCCAGCUGUGUAACCACAAGGCGUCGCUGCAGCGCGUCACGGAGGGCGUGAAGAUGAAGUACUCGGACGCGUCCUCUCCGGUGUGGCUGGAGUUUGACGGCCGGCUGCAGGACGUCUCGCAGUCUCUGCAGAAAGUACAAGUGAAGGUGGGGGAGGCCUUGGAGAAGAGCGGCCCCGUCUACCGGCUGGGGGCGAGGCUGUCUGAGAUCCAAGCCGGCCUGACCUCGGUCCAGAAAAGACUUGAACAGAGGAGUCCCAACGUGAGCCAAGCAAAGCUCACCCAGAGGCGCGCGUGGGACGAGCUGGACGUGUGGCACUCGGCCGUGGCGGCUCUGGAGGUGGACGUGCAGGACCUGGAGAAGCCGGAGGAGGUGCUGAUCCUCACCGAGAGACUGGUGGAGGUGCAGCAGCUCCACUCCCUCCUGGCCAAGCAGGCGGAGCAGAGGACCUCCCUCAUCAGCAAGAUCCAAACGUGGCUACAGGAGCACCAGGAGAUGAUCAGCAGCUCCAAGAGCUGGAUGGCAGAGGCCAAGUCGUGGCUCGCUACACCCUGCACCUACACCACGGCCAAGUGCCUGAGCAGCCACGUUCACUCCCUGCAGACGGUGCUGGACGACUCGGCGCAGAUCCGCAGCGCGCUGCAGGGCUUCGGCUCGGUGCUGAAGGAGAUGUCUCAGGUGUGCGACGUGGCCGCUCUGCAGGAGCAGCUGGACGAGGCCGAGGUCCAGGUGGCCGUGGUUCAAGACGGCUUCACCGCUCCCCUGUCUCACCUGGGGCACGCCGCCGCCGAGGUGGAGGCCAUCGAGAUCGAAGUCCGACGGAUGGAGAACGACGUGGCUGACGUCAACGCGUCGCUUUCGUCUUCGGAGGCUUUGUCCAAGACCGCGAGGGCGGAACGCAUCAGGGUCAUUGAGCAGAAGAUCCAGUCCAUGAGGACGACCAUAGCCGAGAUCCAGAAGUGUAAGCCAGGCCUUUGUCUUCCAGAGAAGGCCGAAGAGACUCUGACUGUCUUCGCUGUGGUGGACCAGCUCCAGACUCUGCUGCUGGGCCUGGAGAAGAAGGUCCCCGCUCUGUUCGUCCAGCAGCCUCCGGCUCCGUCGGCUCAGACGUCGUCUCUACCUGGACUCCUUAAAUCCACCUCAGAGGAGUCGGAGGACAAAGAGGUGGAGGAGGGACAGAUCCAGAUCGUCCACGUGAAGGAGGACGUGCUGAAGGAGUCCGGAGCCUCGCUGCAGGCGGUACAUCGGUCCUCCCCCGAGCAGCGGCAGUCCAGGAGCCCUGACGGCACCCAGCAGAGGGAUCGGGCCGACGGAGGCAGUCAAGGUGGAGGAGGUGGAGCAGGUGGAGGCGGGGUGUGGUGGUGGCUCUGGGAUGCUUUCCUGGCCGCUUCGCCAGAGGUGCCUUUGAUUCUUACACCAGAGGAGACGGAAGGUGGUGCUGGAGGGAGCGCCAAACAGACGGGUGGAGACAGAGAGGAUGUUGAGGGCCCCACCGAAGCAAGCUCCUCCGAAGCUUUAUCGGCGGUCUGGCCUCAGUCGCUGCCCGAGAGCACGGUAGACACGCCCCCCCCCCUUAAGGUGUCCACGCCCGACCCGGGGACCCCGCAGAGAUGUGUGGUCUCUGCCCCUGAGGAGGAGCCCCAGCCGGGGUCCCGCCCCCCCCGAGGAGGUGCCCUCCACGCGUGCCUGCAGAGGGUCGGCCAGCUGGAGCUGUGGCUGCAGGAGGCCCGGAGGAGCCCGGCGGCCAUGCGGCCCAGCGUGGAGCAGCAGCUGCUCACCUGCCAGGAGAUGUUCCAGGACAUCGAGCGGCGGGUUUCCUGCCUGCCGCCUCUGGGCCGUCCGGCCGAUGGUCGACAGGAGGCGGCGGAGCUGCUCUCCUCCAAGCUGGAGGCUCUGAAGGCCAACCUGGUGUCCUUCCAGCAGCUGCUGCAGGGGAGGAGAGAGCCUGGGGGGCAGGGCCUGGCUCCUCCCCCUCCGGCCUCGGCCCCUCCCCCUCAGGUUCAGGAGAUCUUCUCCUCCCCGAGGAACAAGCUGCUCAGACAGAGCAGCCUGCAGCAGCAGAAGGAGUUGGAGCAGCAGCUGACGGAGCAGAGAGGACUGACUCGCUCCAUCGCCCGGCAGGGCAGCGGGACUCGCCUCCACGGCCGGGAGCCGGAGGACCGCAGCAGGCCGUCGCCACGGGGGCCUCCCGGUGCGGAGGAGGCCUCGGCUGAGGAGAAGUGGGAGGGGCUUCACCGCCGCCUGCUGGCCCUGGAGGAGAGCUGGCUGCUUCCUGCCUCCCAGGUGACAGACUCAUCUACGAGGCGCAGUGAUGGAACAGCGGGACGCGUGAUUACCGCACAGACCGUGAAAGAGCUCCAAACCCACAUCAGCCACCUGAGAGAGCUCAGACUCACCGCGGCGCCGCAUCGGGCCUCCCACACAGACCCCUCCCACGCUGACCCCUCCCACACGGACCCCUCCCACGCGGACCCCUCCCACGCUGAUCCCUCCCACACAGACCCCUCCCACGCUGACCCCUCCCACACGGACCCAUCCCCACGACCCUCCCACGCUGACCCCUCCCACACGGACCCCUCCCACGCUGAACCCUCCCACACAGACCCCUCCCACACGGACCCCUCCCACGCUGACCCCUCCCACAUGGACCCCUCUGACGCUGACCCCUCCCACACAGACCCCUCCCACCAGACGCUGGACGAGGGUUUGUUUCAUAUCCUGCACGGGGCGUCCCUGACCCUAACCUCCAUCAGCGGCCUGCUGCCCCGGUCUGCUGGGGGGGGCCGUGGGUGUCCUCGAGGGGGGGUCGUGCAUGCGAGCCUGUCUGCGGAGCUGGCGACCCUCGGCGGCGAGCUGGCCUCUCGGGGGUCAGAGGUCAGCCGCGUCCUGGGGGCGCAGCAGUGCGUGGCCGAUGUGUGUCGCGUGCUUCCCGCCGUCCGCUCGGCACUGAGCAGCAGAGAGCAGCAGCUCGCGGAGCUGCAGGAGGACGUGACGCAGCAGCAGAUAUUACUCAAUGAGUUGCAUGCAGCCUUCACCUCUAACCAGGCGGCGCUUCUUCAGAUAACUAAAGAGUCCACUGGACCGCCUCAGCUACAGGCUUUGGCUGAGAUGCAGGAGUCUUUGCAGCAGCAGGUGGAGCAGGUGAGCUCCCUCCUGGAGGAGGCUGGCCGACCCCACCUGCCUGCUGCUCUCCUCCAGCAGGCCUCGCAUCUGCAGGCCGCGCUCGUGGGCUCUCUGGGUGGCGUUGGCUCCCUGCGGGAGGAGCUGGAGGCCGGCGUGGAGCUGCAGCAGCAGUGCGAGCGGCUGGUCGGCGGCCUGGAGGAGCUGCUGGCUCUGGGCUCGGAGCGUCUGGCCCGGCGGCCCGUCGCCGAGCUGCAGACCAGCGCUCGGCUCCAGCGGCAGCUCGCCGGCCACACGGGGUUCUUCCGCUUCCUGGGCCAUCGCUUUCAGAUCCUGCAGCAGCUGACCCAGAGAGUCCCAAAGAGCGCCCAGCGGAGGUGGGAGGCUGCGGUGACGGGCCUGCAGGCCGAGGUGUCCCGAAUGCAGCAGCACGCGCUGGACGAAGGGACCAGGAUGCAGGAAACCCUACAGAUGUGGUCCCUGUGGGAGGAGGACAGCGCCUGGACGGACUCCCUGCUCAGAGACAUUGAGACUUCAUUUCCCAAGAUGCACGAGGGGGAUAAUUCUGAGCUCGGUGCCUACCAGGAGCGGCGUGGCGUCCUGCAGGGGAGCAGGGCGCGGUUCAGUCGGAUGCUGGAGGCGGGGCUCUGGCUCAAGGUGGCGGGCUGUGGGGGGGUGGGUGCGUCCACCCGCAGCCUGGAGGCACGAUGGAGAGCCCUGCACAGGAAGGUGGAGCUCAAACACACAGAUGUUGAAAGGAGGAGGAAGCUGAGGAGCAGGUUUUGUCGUGACUCCGCCGCGCUGGCCGAGUGGAUGGGCGGAGCCAGAGAACUCAUUGACCAAUGCCGUCAGCUCUCCGCUGAGGACGAGGUGGAUGUUGAACAGAGGCGGGACCACUACCUGAAGUCCGUGACUUUGACCAAAGAGCUGGAGGCCAAAUCUCAGCUGAAGGCGGCUGUUGUCUGUGUUGGAACCCAGCUGGUUGAGCUGAGGGAAGAGGACAGAGACCCUGAUGGAGGUCUGGAGGACCCGGAUCGGCUCCCCGUCCCCUCCCAGCUCAGACGGGUCGAGCUCCACUGGUCCGGUCUGCAGGCCGACGCUCCUGUCCUCCAACGCGCUCUGCACGAGCGAUGGAUGAAGACGUUGUCCCAGCAGGAGGCGCUCCUGGAGCUGCAGGCCUGGCUGGAAGUAGCCGAGUCCCGUCUGGAGGAACAUCGCGGCAGAGUCAACGGAAGCUCGGCCUCCGACGCCGACCUGGGUCGGCUCCUGAGAUGCUGCGAGGAGAGUCGGGCCGAGAUGACGGCGCACCGGGCCACGCUGGACUACUUGAGCCGGCCGCUGCACACGUGCGGUACCGAGGACGGCCAGAGGGGGCGCCAGGAACACAACCAGUUCGCAGAGGAGCAGGGUCGGCUCAACCAUCGGUGGCUCCGCCUCCUGGAGACCCUGGACUGUCAGCUCGACGAGGUGCAGCAGGAGAUGAGGAGCAGAGCGGAGCAGGAGGCCCGACUGCAGCAGAUCAACAGCUGGAUCGCAGACCAGAACCGCUGGAUGGACUCGGCCCGGACGCCCAGCAGCCUGACGGAGCUGCAGAGGAGCGUCGACGCCGCCCAGGAUCUGCAGGAAAAAAUCGAGCACCGAGCUGCCGCCCUGCAGGAGUCGAGAGGCCGACUCGUUGGAGGAGGAACCAGCAGCAGGGAUCUAAUCGCUCGGACCGAGAAAUCCAUCCAGGCCUGUGCAGCCCUCACACAGCAGCGGGACUCGCUCCACCAGAAGCUGCUUCGGGCCCAACAGCUGUGGGAGUGCGUGCCGAAACCGCUUAAUCAAAUGAUGCUGAAAACGGCGCGAGUGUCUCAGACUCUGGAACUCCACAGCGGCGCUGCACUCUGCCUGCAGGCACACAGAGACCUCCACCUCCAGCUGCAGCUUCUCCACGAGGAGACGGAAGCCUCGGGGACAGAGUGGGACGGGCUGAGCCGAAGCGCCUCCACCCUAAGCGGCCUCAUCAGUCCCGCUGCCGGCGUCCUCCUCAUGGAGCAGCUGGACAAGCAAAGGGACAGCUGGGCGGCGGGGGCGGCGGCGCUGGACGGGCGGCUCCGGGGGAGUCGGGCGGUGCUGCAGCUUUGGGAGGCGUACGGCGCGCUGGCUGCGUCUUCCUCUCUGCGGCUGCGGGCGCUGCGGACGGAGGGCAGGUCGCCGGCGGGCGGGGGGGCCGCAGGCGACGACGGCGCGGAGCAGCUCGCUGGGAGGAUGCAGCUUGUCCAGGGCCUCCUGGAGAGGACAGACGCUCUGCAGUCUGACAUGGGGGGUUUGCUGGAGGCCUCCAGGGACCUAACCGGACACCUGGAAGCUUCGGCCGCCAGUCUGGUCCAAUCAGAGAGCUGGUUGUUGUCACACGGUGUUCAGCAGCUCAGCCGGGCGCUGACGGGGAGUCGGACUCAGCUGCAGGAGGAGCUGGAGCAGCUGCAGGAGUUUGAGGACGUCCUGGAGGCUCUGGAGGAGAAGCUGGAGCUCCAGCAGCAGUCCGGCCUCCUGGAGCUGAGCGCUGCCUCCGCCGACUUGGAUGUGCUGAACGGGCGGAGCUGCAGCCUGUCGCUGGGCGACGCCGCAGCUCACCGCCUGCGAAGCCUCAACCGCCGCUGGGCCGACGCCUCCGCCAGAGCCGAGGAGGCCUGCAGCGAGCUGCAGGCGGAGGCCUUGAGGCAGCAGAGCUUCCAGGAGAAGUGUGAGAGCUGGAUGUCCUUCCUGCAGAGGAUGGAGGACAGUCUGGCUGUGGACGUCUCCGGCUCGUACGUCGGCCUCCGGCAGCAGCUCCGCACGCACAAGCGGUUCCAGGCGGAGCUGUCCACCGGCCACCAGAUCCUCCACUCGGUCAUCUCCGAGGCUCUGCACCUGCUGCAGAGGGGAGAGGUGGAGGACAGGAGCGACUUCGUCCUGAAGCUGUCCCAGCUCCGGGAGCACUGGCAGGGUGCGGUGCGGCGGGCCGAGCAGCGGCGCUCGUGGGUGGAGGGGCUGGUGGAGCACUGGCACGUGUUCGGCCGCAGCCUGAGGAAGCUGCGGAGGUUCCUGUCGGAGGCGCGGGCGCUCCUCCCCCCCGCCGGGCCGGCCCGCUGCAGCCCGCGGCAGCUGAGGAGCUCGCUGCGGGGCCUCCAGCACGCGGAGCAGAUGUUCCAGAGGCACCAGUGCAGCUUCAUCCACACUCUGGAGGUCGGCCGGCAGCUCUUCUCCAUGGGGGACGAGGAGACGCAGACCCGGCUGCAGAGCGACCUGGGAACCCUGCAGGAGGAGUGGGACGGCCUGCACGGCCUUCUGGGCCGGAGGACGGAGCUCACCGAGGAGGUCGUCAAGACGUGGGAGCGCUGCGAGGCCGGACUAGCGGACGUCGCGCUGCAGCUGGAGGAGCUGAAGACCAGGCUGAACCAGUCGAUGCCAGAGAGCGACGAGGAGCUGCUGAGAGCCGACCGGAACAACAAGGAGAACGAGGACGCGCUGGAGGACUGGGCUGAGAGCCUGACGGAGCUGAGCACCAUGAAGACGGAUCUGUCCCAGUACGUCAUCGCCGACGACGUCCUGCUGCUGCAGGAGCAGGUGGAGCACCUGCACCGUCAGUGGGAGGAGCUCUGCCUCAAGGUGUCUCUGCGUAAGCAGGAGAUCGCAGAUCGCCUCAACGCGUGGAUCAUCUUCAACGAGAAGAACCAGGAGCUGUGCGAGUGGCUGACGCAGAUGGAGAACAAGGUGGCGCACGACUCCGACCUCAACAUCGAGGAGAUGGUGGAGAAGCUCAAGAAGGACUGCAUGGAGGAGAUCAACUUGUUCAGUGAGAACAAAACCCACCUGAAGCAGCUCGGGGAGCAGCUCAUCACAGCCAGCAACAAGACCAAAGAGACGCAGGUCAACGACAAGCUGAAGGACGUCAACGACCGCUGGCAGCACCUGUUCCACCACAUCGAGGACAGGGUGAGAAAGCUGAAGGAGACGCUGGUGACGGUGCAGCAGCUCGACAAGAACAUGAGCGGCCUGCGGACGUGGCUGUCGCACAUGGAGGCGGAGCUGGCCCGGCCGCUGGUCUACAGCGUCUGCCACGGCGACGAGAUUCAGAGGAAACUGGCCGAGCAGCAGGAUCUGCAGCGGGACAUCGAGCAGCACGCGGAGAGCGUGGCGUCGGUGCUGACGCUGUGCGACGUCCUGCUGCACGACGCCGACGCCUGCGGCGGCGACUCGGAGAGCGACUCCAUCCUGCAGACCACGCGCAGCCUGGACCGCCGCUGGAGGAACAUCUGCGCCGUGUCCACGGAGAGGAGGAUGAGGAUCGAGGAGACCUGGCGUCUCUGGUGCAAGUUCCUGGACGACUUCUCUCGCUUCGAAGACUGGCUGAAGACGGCCGAGCUCACUGCGGCCAACCCGGACUCCGCCAACGUCCUCUACACCAGCGCCAAGGACGAGCUCAAGAGGUUUGAGGCGUUCCAGCGGCAGGUCCACGAGCGCCUCACUCAGCUGGAGCUGGUCAACAAACAGUACCGCCGCCUGGCCCGGGAGCACCGGACCGACGCCGCCAGCACGCUGAGGGUCCUGGUCCACGAGGGGAACCGCCGGUGGGACGGCCUGCAGAAGAGGGUGGCGUCCGUGCUCCGCCGACUCAAGCACUUCACCUCUCAGAGGGAGGACUUCGAGGGGCGGAGGGAGGCCAUCCUGGUGUGGCUGACGGAGAUGGACCUCCAGCUCACCAACGUGGAGCACUUCUCACAGAGCGACGCCGAAGACAAGAUGAGGCAGCUCAACGGCUUCCAGCAGGAGAUCACCCUCAACACCAACAGGAUAGACGCCCUGAUCGUGUUUGGGGAGAACCUGAUCCAGAAGAGCGCCCCGCUGGACGCCGUGCUGAUGGAGGACGAGCUGGAGGAGCUGCACUCGUACUGCCAGGAGGUGUUCGGCCGAGUGUCCCGCUUCCACCAGCGGCUGGUCAGCCGGCCGGUUCGGGAGGAGGAGAGGGAGCUGUCCGACCCGGACGACACGGCUGAUCCGACCCCCGGCACUUCCUCCUGGGACGGGGAGGGGAAGGAGGAGGAGUCUCCGGCAGUGGGCGGAGUCUCGUAUAGCCAGCGGGCCGCGUGCCACCUCCCCGCUCCCCCUCCGGCGCGGCCAGGACGAGAGACCCCCGUCAGCGUGGAAUCCAUCCCGCUGGAGUGGGACCACACCGUGGACGUGGGGGGGUCCUCGUCCCACGAGGACGACGAGGACGCCGCCUACUUCAGCGCCCUGUCAGUGAAGUCGGUGACCGACCCGCCCAGCUGGCACCAGCCCGCCCCCCCGCAGAGGAAACGGGUUCCCAGAGAAUCCCCCCGAGGCCUGAACGUGUCUCCCAGCAGGGCCCCCUUCCACCAGCAGGGCUACGUUAAGCUGAUGUCCGAGUGCAGCGGCACCAUCAACAGCGUGAGGAGAGUGAAGCUGAUCCUGGACCACGAGGAGGAGCCGGAGGAUCCGGGUCUGACCAGCAGCACGGCGGAUAAGCAGACCAGCACAGGAGUGAUCGAGCGCUGGGAGCUGCUGCGAGCUCAGCCGCUGCACGGCGACGGCGUCCAGCAGGACAUGGAGCAGUGGCAGAAGCUGAACGCCGACCUCUGCGAUGUCACUUCCUGGUUGGGCAGGGCGCUGCCGGAGCUGGAGAGGCUGCAGCGCAUCGAGCCGUCCACCAGCAUCCGAGACAUGGAGGUCAACGCCAGGACGCUAAAAGAGAUGCAGAGGACCUUCAACAGCUACAAGUGUCUGAUGAUCUCCGCCAACCUGAGCAGCCGCCACUUCCUGCGGGGCGACGGCGCCGAGCAGCAGGAGCUACGGGACGCCAUCGACUCGGCCAACCGGGGCUGGAUGCAGGCCUGCGGCGGCCUGGAGAGCUGGGAGAGGAGGCUGCACUCUGCACUCAUGGAGUGUCAGGAGUUCCACGAGGCGCUGCACUCCCUGCUGCUGUGGUUGUCCCGGGCAGAGAACACGCUUGCUGGGGUGGACGUGGUCGACCAGCAGAGAGACACGCUGACGGCUCUGCAGCACGAGCUGCGCGGCCGCCAGCGGGAGGUCUCCUCGCUGCAGGACAUCUCCUCUCAGCUCCUCCUGGAGGCCCCGGGAGAGGACAGCGUGGAGGCCAAGGAGAAGGUUCACGUCAUCGGCAACAAACUGCACCUCCUGCUGCGGCGGGUGGAGGCCGACCUGAACGCGCUGCAGGAGAGACCGGUGGAGGCAGCAGGUCUGCGAGCGGCUGCAGACGGACGAGCGCCGACCAAAAGGCAGGAGAGGAGGGACUCCGCCCCCCAGCGACCCUUCUUCCUGCGGGUGCUCCGAGCCGCCUUCCCGCUCCACCUGCUGCUUCUCCUGCUGCUGCUGGUGUCCUGCUUGGUGCCGCUGUCCGACGAGAGCUUCAGCUGCACGCUGUCCAACAACUUGGCCCGCUCCUUCUACCCCAUGCUGAGCUACACCAACGGGCCCCCGCCCACCUGAUGAGCGCUCAGACACGCAGAAAAAGCUCAAACCCUCAUUGCUCCAUUUGAAAAUAUGUGUGUUGUUUGUGGCGUUCCAAAGGAACCACACGACUGCUUCUCUUAAUGUUCUCAUUUGUGAAGUUUUGCCAACCGACCGCCCUGAUAAGUUAUUUAAAUUUCUACAAUGUAGAGGGUUAAAAAUGAAAAUAUGUAGGAAUAAUAGUGAAGGAAAAAGAGGACGGAAGCCACUCGUUGAUGCACAUUUUGUACAGAUAUUUAAGUUCGAUCUGUGAGAUAUUAGUAAAAACCACUCAUCUGCCUUUCUGUAGUCAUCAGAACUAGCACAACAAAUCAAAUAUAGGAGCUGUUAUAGAUGAUUUGUGUAAAUACUUGAGAUCAGAUUAAGUGUGGUACUGAAAUCUAUAUUUAACUAUAUUUUAAGCGCCAGUGGAUUGAAAUGAAAUAUUUUCCUAUGAUGGUGUUGACUUUACGGCUUCCAGAAAGAGUUGAACCUCUGAUGAAGAGCUAAUCACCUGCUUUCAGCUACAAAUUAGCAUUGAAAUCCAAACACCACAAAAUCAGCUCCGGCAGGGAGUCUAGUGCGGAGACAACAGCCGACGCACAACUUUAAAACACUGUCGUGUGGUUGACAAAACAGCAUCAAAUGCAGCCGUGUGCAAAGAUCUUUCAAUAGGUUUCAUUGACAGUUUUAAUAUCCUAAAUGUUAUCGAGUGUAAUAUUUUUUUUGAAAUGCAGUGUUUAAUUGUAAUUUGUGUAUAAUCUCAGCGUCACACAGACUGAAGAGAAACUACAAAAAGUCGGUAAAGUUUGAUAUAUUUGAGUUAUUUAUGGGAUGAAUAGAUUGUCGUUUUCGAUUGACAAUAAACUGUUUGUCAUGAUCA